AUGAAGUUCACCACUGCCAUCGCCUUCUUCGCUGCCGUCCUUCCAGCAGUAUGCCUCCCAACGGCCCGGCAGUUCAACCUACCCACCUGCGGCGCUGAAACCUGCCUCACAGACGGAGUAUUCGAUGCAUGCGCACCCGGUGACUUGGCCUGUCUCUGCACACUGGAGCAGAGUGAAGUCACGCGCUACGUCGAGACUGUUCAGUCCUGCUUGGACGGUGAGGCUGGCCAGGCGGCGUGCACUGCAGGAGCCAUCUACCAAUACAAGGAUCUCUUGAAGACCGUCUGCGCGACUGAACAGUUCGGGAACAAGACCGUUGUAUUUACUGCGCCGAUUCCGUCCAACGCCACCACCACCAACACCACGAUUUACUAG